UCAACAUCUUUCAACGUUGGUAUUUAAGUUAACCUCAAAUAUUUCCAAAGUAAACAAUAUAUUAAUCAGUCAUACUAGCUGCAAAGCUCUAUAUUUGUAUUAAAAACGAAAUACUACUGUUUAAGUGAUACUGAAAUCAACAACAUGGCUUUAAAUGUGUACUUGGGCAUUUGGAGCGAAGACAAAUUACGCCGAAUUAGAGUGGAUGACUUGGAUGUAGAUUCAAAUGUUGAAGUCUUGAAGCUCCAUUUAGUCAAAGAACUUGGGAAUAGUCCAUGUGAACUGACCUUUUGCGGCUUGCACUUGGAAGAUGGCAAGCCAAUAUCAACAUAUGGAAUUACCCCGGGUGUGACUAUUCAUGUCACAGAAAAACUACACGUAAAGCAAGCCAACAUUUCAGAACCGACAAAAAUUACCGAGUCCGAUAUUCAAGAACUUGUCAGCAGCUAUCGGAACUUUAAAUCACUGCCUUCCUACAGGAGUACACUUCAUAGAUUGGAAAAUCCAUCGGAAUUGGAUAAAGUUAUAGCUGCAGUGCCUGGUUUGGAAUCAGACGAAAUUGCAAUUGCCUUCAUCUCAAAGCCCGAUUUAUUUACGCAAAUGGAUGAUCCAAAGACAUGUCGACAGAUAGGGGAAAGGCAUCCAUGCAUUUUGGCGGCAGCACGUUACAUAGUCACCGAGUUUCAUAAAAGCACUACCCUGACAUCCACUUCAACUCUUCAACCGCCACCAUCUACUGGACAUUCUUAUUCAUUAGACGCCCUAUCCGAUGAUGAUGAAGAAAUGGAAGGUGACGGACCUUCAUCAGAUGGUGCAACUAUUACGGCUGCUCAUCUAGCGGCUGCUCUAGCUGAAGCAACGGCUGAAGCUGCAGCUUCUACUACAGCUACACGAUCGGCUCCCACGACUACCGCUCAUUUAGCUGCGGCUUUAGCUCAAGCUGCAUCAGCUGCGGCUGCCAGAUCUGCAGGCUCAUCGGCUCCUGUCACAGCUGCACCAUCUGGAGCAGCAGCAGAGUCAUCCAGUGCGGCACGCAUUACUAAUGAAAUGUUGCAACAAGCUUUCACACCAACAAUCGGGUAUGGAGCAUAUUUAAGCCAGAUGAGGGAACUGGGAUUAAACAAUGAAGUGCUCAAUUUAAGAGCUCUGAUGGCAGCGGGUGGCGAUCUUCAAGCUGCUAUCGAGCUGGUUUUUAGUGGAGCACUAGAUGAUUGAAAUUCAGUCUGAUGAUUUCGGAUUGGACGAAAAAUGCGGAUUAAAUUAUAUACGUUUUAAUUGUCUUUCUACUCUAAGUGGAUCAUUUCAUUAUAUUCUUUAUUUUGCUAAUCUUUUAAACAUGUAAAUACAUCGGCGAUUUCUGUACCAUUUUUAUUACCAAAUUAGGUGUGAAGCAUGUUAAGUCAACAUUUCUGGAUGAAUAAAUUGUGCUUUUACAGUU